CUUCAUUGACCACGCAAACUACUAAAUAGGGCCACAAAACCUCCUUCCCUUCUUAUAUAACAAAGCAUUCCCUUCUAAUACCUCAAAACUAGAAAAAUAAGAGAGAGAGAGAGUACAGCAAACAUGGCUAAGGUGACGUGCAGGGUUCCGGCCUGUAUGGUGAUGGUGGUGUUGGUAUUGGUUGUUGAAUCCAAUGCACAGAUAUGCAGGAUGAGCCAAGAUGGAUUCAAGGCGUGCCAGCCCUCUGUGAGUGGGUCGUCACCCGCGCCCACCAACCCAUCUAAAGUGUGUUGCAAGGCUCUAGCUUCAGCCGACCUCGGGUGUUUGUGCUCCUAUCGACAUUCUCUCCUCCUCCCCUCUUUCGGAAUCGACCCCGACCUUGCCAUGCAGCUCCCUGCCAAGUGUAACCUCACGACUCCACCUCAAUGCCAAGAUUUGGAUCCUAUUUAUUUUGAUGAAGCAUGUAAAAGUAAAGUGCUGAAAAAGGCCAUGGAUGAAGAGAUUGAAGCAAUUGAGAAGAAUGACACAUGGAAGCUUACAAUAUUUCCUAGGAGCCACAUGUCAAUUGGUGUGAAAUGGAUUUACAAGACAAAGAGAAAUGCUAAUCGGGAUAUCGCAAGGUAUAAAGAAAGGUUAGUUGCUAAAGGGUGCAAACAAAGACCCGGAAUUGACUAUGAUGAGGUACUUGCCCCCGUUACCCAUUUGGAAACUAUUAGUUUAAUUAUUUCUCUUACAGUCCAAAUGAAAUGGAAAUUGGCAUUUUUUAAUGGUGUUCUUGAAGAAAAUGGGUCUAUUGAACAACCAAUUGGCUAUGUGAAAAACGUCAAGAAAGUAAAGUUUACAAAUUGGAACAUGCUUAGUAUGGUUUAAAACAAGCACCUAGGCCAUGGAAUUGUAGAAUUGAUAAAUAUUUUCUUGAAAAUGGUUUUUUUAGGUGCCCAUAUGAACAUGCCCUAUACAUAAAGAAAAAUGAAAAUGGACAAAUUUUGCGUGUUUGUUUAUAUGUUGAUGACUUGAUCUAUACGAGAAAUAACCCAGGCAUGUUUAAAGAACUCAAAUAAUCCAUGAUUAAGGAGUUUGAAAUGACCAACAUUGGGCUCAUGUCUUAUUUUCUUGGCAUUAAAGUUAAACAAAUAGAUGGAAAUAUUGUGUCACAAAAAUCUUAUGCAAAAGAAAUUCUCAAGAAAUGUCAAUUGGAGAAUUGUAAUCCUGUAAAUAUAACGGUAGAAAGUUGUCUCAAAUUGAGAAAGAAGGUGAUGGAGAAAGCGUUGAUCCUACAUUUUUCAAAAGUUUAGUUGGAAGCCUCUGAUACCUAACAGGUACAAGACCGAAUAUUCUUUAUGGAGUUGGUUUGGUAAGCUGGUAAAUGGAGACUUCAAAUGCCUCUCACUUGAAAGCAGCAAAAGGGAUUAUCCGGUAUAUCAAAGGCACAUUUAACCAUGGUUUAUUUUAUUCAUGUUCUAAUGUUUGUGAUCUUGUAGAUUUUGUUGAUAGUGAUUGGGCCGGAGACUUCGAUGAUAGGAAAAGCAUUUCCGGGUACGUGUUCUACAUG